AUGAGAACUGUCAAGGAUCAGCUGAUCGUGGAUGCCCUAAAGGAAGCCCAGACUCCCCAUAACAAGAUAACUGUAGUUGGGGUUGGAGCAGUUGGCAUGGUACAUGCUAUCAGUAUCUUGAUGAAGGAUUUGGCUGAUGAACUUGCCCUAGCUGAUGUUAUAGAAGACAAACUAAAGGGAGAGAUGAUGGAUCUCCAACAUGGCAGCCUUUUCCUCAAAACACCAAAGAUUGUCUCUAGCAAAGACUAUUCCAUGACUGCAAACUCAAAGCUGGUUGUGAUUACUGUUGGGGCAUGUCAGCAGGAAGGAGAAAGUCAUCUUAAUUUGGUUCAGUGUAAUGUGAAUAUCUUUAAGUUCAUCAUUUUCAAUAUUGUUAAAUAUAGCCCUAAUUGCAAGUUGCUUAGUGUCUCCAAUCCAGUGGAUAUUUUGACAUAUUUUGAUAUAGCCUGGAAGCUAAGUGGCUUUCCUAAAAACCGUGUUAUUAGAAGUGGUUGCAAUCUGGAUUCUGCCCAUCUCCAUUAUCUGAUAGGGGAGAAACUCGGUAUCCACUCUUCAAGCUGUCAUGGAUGGAUCCUUAGGGAAUAUGGAGACUCAAAUAUUCCUGUAUGGAGUGGUGUGAAUGUUGCUGGUGUCUCUCUGAAGACUCUUCAUCCUGCUCUAGGACCUGCUGGUGAUUCAGAGCAUUGGAAAGAUGUUCAUAAACAAGUAGUUGAAAGUGCUUAUGAGGCGAUCAAGUUGAAGGGCCACAAUUCCUGGGCCAUUGGCUUGUCUGUGGCAGACCUGGCAGAAAGCAUCGUGGAGAAUCUUAGGAGAGUGCAUCCAAAUUCCACCAUGAUUAAGGGCCUCUAUGAAGAUGUCUUCCUUAAUGUUCCAUGUAUCUUGGGGUAG